GUGCGGGCCGUGAGUGGUCAGCCGGGCGUUCUGGCGCCAAGUUCGAAGGGGAUAUAAAGGGGCGGCGCGGGGACGCCGCGCUCCCGCCGUUCGGUGCCGCUCGUCUGGCCGCCGCUAUGCUGUCCGCCCGCGCCCCGCUCGCCGCCCGCCACGACCAGCCCCGCCUGUCGCCCGUGAAGAACCUGUCGCCCAUGAAGGACCUGGCGCUGAGCGACAAGGAGAACACGCCCCCCGCGCUCAGCAGCGCCCGCGUCCUGGCCAGCAAGGCGGCCCGCAAGAUCUUCCAGGAGGGCGACAGGAAGCCGGUGCCGCGGGGCGAGGAGGAGGAGGAGGAGCCGCUGCUGCGGGACAACCCCCGCCGCUUCGUCAUCUUCCCCAUCCAGUACCACGACAUCUGGCAGAUGUACAAGAAGGCCGAGGCCUCCUUCUGGACGGCGGAGGAGGUGGACCUUUCCAAAGACAUCCAGCACUGGGAGUCCCUGAAGCCUGAGGAGAAGUACUUCAUUUCUCACGUCCUCGCCUUCUUUGCCGCCAGCGAUGGCAUCGUCAAUGAAAACUUGGUGGAGCGGUUCAGUCAAGAAGUACAAAUCACAGAAGCUCGCUGUUUCUACGGCUUCCAGAUUGCCAUGGAAAAUAUACAUUCAGAAAUGUACAGUCUUCUUAUUGACACCUACAUUAAAGAUUCUAAAGAGAGGGAAUUUCUUUUUAAUGCUAUUGAAACAUUACCAUGUGUUAAAAAGAAGGCUGACUGGGCCAUGCGCUGGAUUGGGGACAAGAAAGCAACAUAUGGAGAACGUGUAGUAGCUUUUGCAGCAGUGGAAGGAAUCUUCUUUUCUGGCUCUUUUGCAUCAAUUUUUUGGCUGAAGAAAAGGGGAUUAAUGCCUGGACUCACUUUUUCUAACGAACUCAUCAGUAGAGAUGAGGGCUUGCACUGUGAUUUUGCCUGCCUCAUGUUCAAGCACUUGAUACGCAAACCAUCAGAGGAGAGAGUAAAGGAAAUCAUUAUGAAUGCUGUUCUCAUAGAACAGGAAUUCUUGACGGAGGCACUGCCUGUAAAGCUGAUUGGCAUGAACUGCACUUUAAUGAAACAGUACAUAGAGUUUGUAGCAGACCGGCUUAUGUUGGAACUGGGAUUUAACAAGAUAUACAAAGCAGAGAAUCCUUUUGACUUCAUGGAAAACAUCUCUCUAGAAGGCAAGACCAAUUUCUUUGAGAAGCGAGUAGGUGAAUAUCAGAGGAUGGGAGUCAUGUCGAAGCCCACAGACAACUCUUUCACCCUGGAUGCGGAAUUUUAAAUGAACUGAGACUGUAUGAGUUAGUGUGUAUGCUCCCCUGUUUACAGGGAAACAUUAAAUAUAUCAAGUCACAGUGUGACCUGAUUCCUGUACCAAAAUCCCACUCUUGAAAAGUGUGGUGAUAUUGGUACUUUUCAGGAGGCUAGUGUAGCUCCAGCAGUAAAAUCCCUUUUUAUUAGACUUUGCCAAUGGUGUUAAUUCAUAGAAUGUUUAGAUGUAUCUCUUACAACAUAUGCUACUGCAUUUUGUGAAAGAUACAUGCAUCUUCCUUCUGCAAGAUGGGAUGUUAUGGGCAGUGACCACUAGCUUCUGCCUGCUGUUCUCCCCAUAAACAAAGGAGCAGUUGAGAAAUUCUGGUCUUAAAUUCACUGAACACUCUGCAGAAAACUCUGGAGGCAACUACUUGACCUCACUGCUUUCUUAGCAGGUUUUAAGUUUACCUUUUUUACUAUUGUUUUAAUAGUUUGUAUGUAAACCUGGCACUUUAAUGUUUAAGAUAAAGAACUGUCUUGUAAUACUCGACAAUGGUAAAAUGCAAGUCUAAAUCUUUAGAUUUUUGUAACUUAACCUUUCAUGACUUGUGCUUCUUUCUGGGUAUGUAACUUACAAAUGGUGCUGUGGAUCAAACUAUAUUGAUUUUAAAAUAUGUUGAACAGGAAGAAAGUUGGUAUGGAAGGUGAAGAACUUAGUAAGUUGGAUAUUCUGGGUACUGAAAAGUAACAUGCAGCUGGCUUAUGGACUUAAUUGCUUUUUCUUUAAUAUCUGGGAACAGUAUUUCAUAUAAUGGUAAUAAAGAGCUGGUUGGA